AUGACUCCUAACGAUCAGGAAGAUGUGGCUCAGCCAUCAUCUCUGGCUUUUCCGACGACCUCUGAAUCUUCAUCGACAAAGUCCAAGCUCACCUCUUCCGACAAACUCUCCGAGCUACCCACACCUGCUGUCGCCGAGACCACCCCGCGCUCAUAUAACGCUCGUACAUUCCGAAGGAGCCUCGACUCUCUCCCAUCAAUUGCGACCAAUGAUUCUGGCCCUCGUAUAAGCCAAGUUUGGGGGACGAUACCAAUAGCAAGAGGAUUGUCGGAUGCUUCGCAGGGCAAUGAUACUCCGAGACAAAGGGUUUCGUUUGACAGUGAACGGCCAAAGGCUGGAAAGACUACGCGAGAAAGCUCAGAUGCUGGGCGCAACUCGGCUCUGGUAUCUCAACCCCGAUCUCGAGCGUCCUCACCUCUACGCAUUUUUCAGAAUCUCACUGCCGGGUUCCAUCGUCGUACCCCGGAGGAACCAUUCAUACCAAUCAACCCUUUCACAUUCAAGUUCUCCAGCGGGGGAAUUUACCUCCCUUCCUGCUUUGAUUUCGACUCCGAAAAGGUCAAAACCUCCGUGGUAGACAAACCAACCUCGCAGCAACGACCAUUUCUUAUCGACACUCUGCUUCGUCAAAUUUACCUCCACCUACUCCUCCGUAUGCCCGCACUCUACUUCUCUCGUGUUGCCCGCAUCUUCCAAGAUGCAGAGGUCAGCCGUCCGGAUAUACAGAGAAUGGUAGAUUCGGCACGCAGUACUGCCACUGCCUCGCAAGUAACGGAACUUGAAGAUAUCUUCAACGUCAAUCCUAACACUGGCUCUCGCACGAGUAUUGCGGAGCCGAGGUUGCCUCUACCAGAAGAUUGGACACCAGCACUGGUAUCACCGGCACUCAUUCGAUUCAAGCAUUCAUGGGAGGAUUUUGUUUCUUCUCUCAUCAAGGAAUGGAAGACGUUAAAUGUCGUGUCCGCCCUGUUACUCUCUGCAAUCCUCGCGCUCUUACAGCUCCCUCCAGCGGCUGCGGAUUCAAUCACGCGGACUGCUGCACUGAUCAGCCUCGUCUGCGCCCUUAUGAGUCUCUGCUACGGCUGCAUGUAUAUUGUGCGUUUCUCAAGCAUGCGAAAUAUGUAUCGUGCCUCUAAAUUCGCAGAGGAAGCUAGAAAAACUUAUACUUUUAUAUGGUGGAAUGUUUGGACCCUGCUCGCUAUGCCCGCCACUUUCCUGGCUUGGUCUGUGAUAUUUUUCAUUAUCGCAAUAAUGGCCUUUGUCUGGCGGACCUCGUCCGAGUCUGAAGCUAACUCGAGCUCCUCGGAAAAUGAAUCAAACACCUCCACCACAUCCCACACGCUGAUCCAACGCAUCCUCAUUACGGCUGCGCUGUUUCUUGGACUCCUCUACUUCGCGCUUAUCGUGACAUCAUUGAAGAGUUACACUGGCGGCUCCUCCUCAAGGACUCGUACUCGUAAUUCUCCUCAGGCUCGCGAUGCCGAAAAUGGCUUUGCUAUUGAUGCCAGGGUCAUGGCAGCAGUACCGGGGCAAUCGGAGGAAGAAGCAAGACAAGAACGUCAACGUGGUAGACCGACCGCUCGUGCUCAGGCAGGGCUUUCGAGAUUCGACCAAAUGGAGGGCGGGGAAUCUACUGGGGAAACCCCAAGUUUGAUGGUGCCAUAG